UCUAAAUAAAAAUUAAAAAUGUAUUAUGUGAAUUCUCCAAGUCGUGAUAAGUAUCUAAGCUUGUAUUUACACAGGCCAGUAAGGAUCACGCUUCCUCUUCCUAAUGCCAAGCCAAUGAGAGGGUGGACCUCUAAGAGCCAGGGAUACCUCUUUGAUACUGAUCAAAAGAAAUCUUUUGAAAAAGUUGUCAACUUCUGUGGUCUGGGCCCUCAAGUUUUAUUAAAUACUCCAUCACCAAAGCAGCAGACUAAUUCUCUUGCCGAAGCCCCUAUUAUCUCCUCUUUGAACCAGGUAUCUCAGAGCUUGCCUCAGACAGAGACCAUGAGCAGCAGUUCCAACGACUCUCAUAGUAAAAUAGAGACAAGAGAGGACUCAAAAGAACCGCUUGACCAAAAGUUGCAUGUUGUUAUAAAGCCAAAGGAGAAGAAACAGAACCCAAGUGUUGCCUCAAAGAAAGAUUUGUAUAAGUUGAGCACACUUAUCCAGAACAUUAACCCUUGUCUUUCCAGUGCUAAGUCUGAUAUCUCUCUAGAGCAUCUUGACGAGUACUCAAUCUCAUCUACAGGGCUAUAUAUGUCUAAAAUUUUAUGAGGGUUUAACUGGGAAUUUGAAGUCUUCUUUGAAAAGAAUAAACAGACAAAGAGAAGCAGAAGAAAUCUACGAUGCAAGCACAAAAACUGAGGGAAAGUAUUUAAGAAGGCUUGGAAUUUGUUCGAUCACAUGAGGAUACAUAUCGGAAAGAAGCCUUACGCUUGAAAGUUUUGAGGCAAAUGUUUUGCCCAGAAUGGGAACUUAACAAAACACCUUAAACUUCAUCAAGGUAGAAGACCAGCCCAUGAUUGAGAUCUUUGCGGAAAAAUAUAUACCGAAAAAUUUAACUUGAGGGCUCAUUUAGUUAACAAACAUGGUAUUGAUCAAGACUUGGACUUUGAAUAAAGUGAAUGUUCUUUAGGCUACUGUCAGAUCCAUCAGUUUACUUG